CUCCCCCAGGCAUCCUCGCACCCAUGUCGCAGAAAGAUGGAAGCGGGAUCCAGGCUUGGACAACAUCCAUACGAGUAGCUAUGGCGAACGAUCCUUGUCGACAGUUAUUUGAGGAUCAGAUUCAGGUUCACGCGUUCCUAUUUCUUGAGGAUUAUUUCGAGAGUAUAAUCUCGGGGCCUCAGCAAGCUCCAAUCAUCGAUCUAGUUAAGACGCCAAGUCGGAAGAAGAAAAAUAUCCCCCGAAACACCAGGACGGUUACUGCGGACCCUAUCUCACUUUUGGAGUUCCAACCCAUUACUAGUGACGACCGAAGUCAGAAUUCUUCACUCCCGCUUCCUUCCCAAGGCCGUACCAACGAGCUUUCUGUCAUCGCCGAAGAUGACGAGUCCCCCGAGCGCAGUCAUGUUCAUACCAUGCCUCCACCGACCGCAUCUCCUGGGCACAGACACCUAGAAACGGGGACACCUGUUGUACCUAAGGAUUCGCUGACUGAUUCCGGUAUCCAACCACCUGAUGUCGUUGAUGUGGGCUCUGGUGCAGAGGAGUUGCUUACCUCGGCGACGGACAGCAAAACCACUGUCACACCCAUUAAGACUUCGCAUCAUGUUUCCCUCGUUUCGUCCCAUCCGCCGCACCCUUCGAAUACUUUCAUAGGCGACGACGCGCCUUCGUCUCCUCAGCCAAGCCAUACUGCGAGCAUAGUUCCUCAUGACGCUUCUUCGUUGGUUCCCUCGUCACUGCUUUCCAACCUGUCACCAGAACCAAUGACCGUUCUUCUUGACAAGCCCGAAUCCGCUAACAGCGCCCAUACAAGCGGUGGGUCUCAUUAUCCUGACUCUGCCCGCUCCGUCGCCGCUGCGUAA